GUACCCUUCAUCCCAUUGCUCACAAUUCUGAAGAGCCAGCCAGUCCACGGAGGUUGAUUAUUCACUGUCUAUUUCUUUUCCCUUUCCCACUUCUCUCGAGACAUUUCCUCUUGUUUCCCAUUUCUGUUGUCUCAACUUCUGCUUUCCCUGUUUGCGUUUGACACAUGAACCCACAGCUGACGAUGAGAUACCCUGUUGUGAGGCAAUUUACAGGAGACAUGUGGUCAUCUCCUUCGCAAAGGGUCUACUCUUGGUCCGAGGUGCGGUCUUGGUCUACGACCAGAGAAGAACACAGGAACAAUGGGCCGGGAGAAAGCUUCCAGGCUGGCGAGAGGCCGAUUACCUACCUGCUCCUCAGACCACAUUCAAGCGCAGCUCCAGUGAUGACACCAGGCAGCCGUGCAAGUCAAGAUACACAGUCCCGGGGGAAGAGCUGGUCGCUCACACAGCAAAUCUAUGUCGACACCGUCAAUCCUUGCCGGCUGCUAUCUGAGGAGCAAUUGCUGCUUGCUGUUCUUGUCCACGUUUCUUACUCCGCAGAUAAGGUACCCUUUUCCACAGAGAGAAACUACAGGAGCCAACUCAGCCAAGAGAAACACGCCUCCUUCCUGUUGCUCAAGAUGGACUGGUCAUCCAUCGAGAAAGCACGCAGCUGUUCUCAGGGCAGUAAGCCACAAACAUACACCCUUGUCCCUCUCGCCGUUAUACCUUUUUGUUUUCUGUUACCUCUCAGCACUUCUACAUCAGCCACGUCAUGUUUGUCCUUGACUCAAUUCUUCUCUUUCUGCCAAUCUCAGCCGGACAUGGCGUCUCCGAUGAUGUCGACACUGCUUCUCAAUGCCUCUCAGAGUGCCGAGCCUGGUCAGCCGGCUUUCUCGAGCCGGUUAUUGACAGCUUACCUGAGGAGUCGAGCCCGGUCACCGCUUUUGUUGAAGAUGCGUGUUCCUUUAGUUCUUUUCUUUUCUUUUCUGGUACUCCCUAUUCUUUUUGUUACGCCACGCUGUCUGUUUCUGUUUUCUGCAUCAUUUCUUAUUUGCCAUGCGCUUUUUACUUUCCGUUCAUUUUCGAAUCCGCCAUACCUGUUAUGUCUUACCAUCACUGCCACCUCUCCGAUGAUGAUGAUUAAGGUCCAGGGUCAGAUCAGAUCAGGAGCGCGUCUGUGCCCCUGAGAUGAUGAGUCUUCUUUGCGGGUCUCAGGAGGUGGUCGCUCCUUGAAAAACCUGCUGGACUGAAGGAGAGAUCAACUUUGCAACAUCGUUUGCUUAUUGGCAUGCCUUUUCGGGGUUUAUCUGGUGCAGGCUUGUCUUAAGCGCUGGAGAUUGUCAACACUGUUUUCUUCACUUUGCCUUUUACUGUCCACCGCUGGUUUUCCCCACCCAUACGAUCUCUCUCCAAUGAUGGACGUCGUCAGUGUUCAGAGCAGAGGCACAUCUGUGCCCCUAUGAAGAGUCUUCUUUGUGGGUCGCAGGGGGGUUGUGGUCGCCCUUCUGCAGAAUCCACUACUCUGAGAGAGACGGAUUGACAUACAUUGUGGGUCACAUC